UCUUCUACAAUCGUUUCAAAACAAUAUCAUUGUGUUAGUAGUUUUGGUGAUACGAGUUAGUUUCAGUUCUUGGUGAUUAGUUGUUACAAGAACCAAAAUGUUUGUAAUGUUGGUUGUAUCGUCGGUGGCCGUCGUCGCUUGUUUCUGGCUUAUUUCUCGUGUCCUAUCGCGAACAGCGAUAGGACAUUUUUUACAAAAUAAGUUGAAAGAUUUAGAAGAAUGUUUUCAUGCACAUCAACUAUACAAAAUCCCUAAAUUCAACCAAAACAUGCAAGAAAAUCAAGUUUAUCGCAAAGUUCUAACCUACCUUAACUCGUUACCUUCAGCUGAAAACUCGGAUUAUGUCAAUCUUUUUUCAUCCAACAACAAGCCUCACGAGAUCAACCUCAUGAUUGACGACGCACAACAAAAGACGAUUUCAGACAACUAUCUUGGGUCACAAAUAUAUUGGAAGUUCGAAACAAACUCUUUAGUGUUGAAAAUGAGAAGAAAGGAAAAACGACGAAUUCUUAGCACAUAUAUGCAACAUAUUCAUAAUGUUACAGAGGAAAUCGAGCAGAAGAAGAAACAAAUACGUUUAUAUAUCAAUGCAGAAAAUAAUCCAACAAAUGGACGCUGGAUUUCAGUCCCAUUUUCUCAUCCAGCAUCUAUUGACACGGCAAUGCUAGAUUCGGAUCAAAAAAACAAGAUAAAAUCUGAUUUAGAUUCGUUUUUGAAAUCCGAACAGUAUUAUCAUCGUUUGGGCCGUGUUUGGAAACGUAGUUAUUUAUUAUAUGGUCCUUCUGGCACUGGCAAAUCAAGUUUCAUUGCUGCAAUGGCAAAGUUUCUAAGAUAUGAUAUCUAUGAUGUUGAUUUAACAAAAGUUGUUAAUGAUUCGGAUUUGAAGUUACUUUUGUUACAAACAACUAGUAAGUCUUUGAUAGUUGUAGAAGAUCUAGACCGAUAUUUGGCUGAUGAGAAAUCGUCAAAUGUGAACUUAUCGGGGAUUUUAAACUUCAUGGACGGGGUGAUUUCGUCGUGUGGUGAAGAACGGGUUAUGGUUUUUACGGUUAGCGAUAAAGAAAAAGUCGAUCCAAGUGUUUUAAGGCCGGGUAGAAUCGAUGUUCAUGUGAAGUUUCCAUUGUGUGACUUUCAUUCUUUUAAAACACUUGCUAAUAGUCAUUUGGGCCUAAAAGAGCACAAGCUUUUUCCACAAGUUGAAGAGAUUUUUCAAACGGGCCGGGCUAGUUUGAGCCCGGCUGAGGUUAGUGAGAUUAUGAUUUUUAACCGUGGGUCACCCACCCGAGCGGUUAAAACUGUCAUUAAUGCGUUGAAGUCAAAUACUGAAACAAAAGUGACGGUAACAAACAGUAAAAAGGAAGAGCCUUUGAGACUGACUCAUAGUAUUUCGGUUGGUGGUGCACUUGGAGUGCCAUCGGGUUUGCUUGGUCAUGGUGGCUCAGACGGGUUGCCACCACGUUUGAUGUAUAGUGGUUCGGCUAGGACCGUUGAUGAGUCACAUAAGUCGGGCUUGUUUCGUAGAGAGAGUAGUGUUCCUUCGGUAAAAGAAUUUAAAAGGUUUUACGGGUUAUUAAAACCGAAAAGUAAUAAAAAGGAGCUAGUAAAUUUCGAUGGAUUAGAGAAAGAAAACACUCGACAUGAAGUGUCGGUAUUUUAGUUCAUUAGUUUUUGUAUUAUUUUAUACCGAGUAUAUCUUAUGUAAAAUGUCUCACAUUAUUUGUUAGCCAACUAAAUGCAGAUCAUCUUAUUUGUUCCUUCUUUAAAAAAAAUAUGUAAUUGUAUGAAAUUUUAUUCAUCUA